AUGGCUUUCAUCAAACAUCAACAACCUUCGAUCGCUGGAAUCCCAUUAAAAUAUUUAUCAUUAAUCACUUUAACCCUUCAAAAUAGUUUACUCACUGUCCUAUUGCAUUAUUCACGUAGUAUUCCAUCCGAUCAACUUUAUUCAGCUCCAGCUGCAGUCUUGUUAAACGAGAUUUUAAAAUGUUUGAUUUCUUUAAUCGUUGCAGUUUAUAAUUCUACAAUCGUAACUUUAAAUCUUCCUUCAACAAAUCAUAAAGUGGGUCAUAUCUCACCAUUACUUAGUCCGAAUACCGAACCUCUCUUUCCUCCAUCAAAUUCUUAUUCCGAUCCACUAAAAAACCCAGAAGGAGUUCAUCAAUUCGAUCAAACUCAAAAAUUUCUUAAUCAAGAAGAGCCAUCUUUAAGAUUGAUUAUUAUUAAAGAAUUAAUGAAAACUUUACAACAAGUUAUUAGUGGUGAUUGUUGGAAACUUUCAAUUCCUGCUAUCCUUUAUGUUCUUCAAAAUAACCUUCAGUUUGUAGCUGCUUCUCAUUUAGAUGUAGCCACUUUUUCAGUUACUUAUCAACUUAAAAUUUUAACGACUGCACUUUGUUCAGUUCUAUUACUUGGUAAAAAACUUUCCACAUCAAAGUGGAUUUCACUUUUUUUCCUAGCAGUAGGCGUAGCCCUAGUCCAACUCCAAAACGUACCAACCCCAACGACCACGACAUCUAAAGAAACCCAAUCAACCGAUCGAUUCAUUGGAUUCAUGGCUGUCACUGCAGCAUGUUUUACAUCAGGCUUAGCAGGCGUAUACUUUGAGCUAGUUUUAAAAUCUUCCACAAAAGUAGACCUUUGGAUCCGAAACGUUCAAUUAUCAUUCUUCUCACUCUUACCAGCCCUCUUCACUGCCUUUUAUUACUCUAAAACCCAAACUGUCGAAGGAGAAGGAGAAGGAGGAUUGUUUAAGAACUUUGGAAUAGCUGCUUGGUUAACGGUUUGGACACAAGUUAUUGGAGGUUUGGUUACUGCUUUGGUCAUUAAGUUUGCAGAUAAUAUCUUGAAGGGAUUUGCUACUUCUUGUUCCAUUGUUUUGUCGAGCUUGAUUGGUGUGGUCUUGUUUAAGGAUCCGUUACCUUUAGGAUCUAGUUUAGGCGCUUCGGUCGUCUUGGUUUCAACUUAUUGUUAUAAUUCUUGGAGUCCUUAUAGUGCUACUGGAACUGGAAAUGGGGGAAGCGGUGGGGGGAAGGAUGGAAUGAAUGGGACUUUGCCGGUUAGGACUCCGCUUAGGAUUUCGACGUGGAGAGGUCAGGUGGGUAGGAAUAAGGAGAUGUGAGAUUGGGUUGGAUGGGAUGGGAAGUAAUGGAUUCUGGAAUGGGUGGAUGGGUUUUAUUGGAUGAGUUGGGAAAUGAAGAUCAAGGUGUUUGGUUAGGAAUUGGUUUUUUAUUGGUUUUUUGGUUUUUGGUUUUUGGAUGAUUGAGAAAAUAUAAUUUUAUAGAUGAAGAAUUAGAAUCUUUUGGUGAAGUGAAGUGAAGAAAAUUGAUGAAAAUGGUUUGUGAAAGAAAGAAAAAAAAAACAUUAUGAUUCAAAGGUUUGGUUUUUUUUUCGGUUGAAUUCUUUAUUUUAGAUUUCAUAGAAUAUAUUUUUCAUUUUUUUGUGAUUUGUUUUUUUUGUUUUGAGCAUAUAGUGAAAGUUAAAGUUAUAGAUUGUACAAAAUGUUAUGAAGUUUUUGAUGAUC